GAGGAGGAAAGAUUGCAACACAAAAGAGCAAAGGAAUAUGGGAGGGAGAAGAAAUUAAUCUGACCAUGAGAAUCUCCCUGUUUUACACCCAGGAGUGACUGGUGCUGCCGCACCUUCCCACGGUGCCCGGGCAGGGAGUGCUGACUGCAGCACUAACACCACUCAGGCUGCCUUGCAGGCCACGCUGGGAGGAAGGAAUUUGCCUUGCUGUGCCGGGAAGACUUCGAGAAACCCAUCUUCUACCCGGUUUUUGAGAACCUGAAGGGGAUUUCUGCCGGCACGUGUUGGACGGCUGUCCCCGAUGCGCGGCCGCGCCUGGGCGGGUGCUGCGCUCGUCCUUGGGGCGCAGCUCCCAGCACUUUGGCUGGCAGCAGCAGUGGAAGUUUACACUUCCGAGGAGGUGGUUGCUGUGAACGGCACAAACCAGCGGCUGAAAUGCACCUUCUCCAGCAGCAGCCCCGUCAGCCCCCAGCUCUCAGUGACCUGGAACUUCCAGCCCGAGGACCUGAGCUCCCACGAGCCGGUGUUUUACUACCUGAAGGAGCCCUACAAGCCGCCUUCGGGGCGGUUCAAGGACCGGGUCACCUGGGAUGGGAAUGUGGAGCGUAACGACGUGUCCAUCAUCAUCUGGAACCUGCAGCCCAGCGACAACGGCACCUUCACCUGCCAGGUGACAAACUGGCCAGACGUUUAUGGCUCCAUUGGGCAAGUGCGGCUCCGGGUUGUGCAGAAAGUGAGCUUCUCAGAAAUCCAUUUCCUGGCCGUGGCCAUCGGAUCCGCUUCUGUCCUGAUGAUCAUCGUGGUGAUGGUUGUGAUUAUCUGCCGACAGCGGCGCCAGAAAGCGCAGCAGAAGAGGGCUGAGGUGUCAGACACUGAGCUUAAAGAAAAGGAGAGCCUGAAGAUGAGAGAAGAAAAGGAAGCCAGUCCAUUAGAAGACUAAAGGUCUAAUUGGUACUUCCAAAGCAGACCGUGAAAGCUUGUAAUUUUGGAUGUUGGAACAAAGCUGAGUUACAGAUGCCUCAUGCUGUGAGUGUUGUGGUACCUCUGCUCGACCUGAAAUUCUGGCAGGGAAAGAGGGCGACACUGCACGAGUUGUGAACUCCCUUCAGUAAAGCAAAGCAGGAGGAACUUGCCCCACGAACAAGGAACUUCACCUUCACGCCUGCGGGACGUGGAGAAAGUCGCUCUGGAGAUGAAAAGACGCCAAAAGAUUUGAACAAAGCGCUGGGAUGCCUGACCGAGCUGAGGGUUUGGAAGUGUUUGAGCAGACGCACUCUUGCACCUUAAAAAUCCCAACGUGCCUUUGUGUUGCCCUGUUUUU